AUGGUUUUCGACAAGGACAGACCAGCGCCAAGGGACUACAGAGGUGCAUGCGUCGAAGACCUCCAACUCUCCCCAGCAUUCUGCUUGCCCCAAGACGCGAUCGUCCUCCAUGCCCUGGAGGCUGCGUAUGGGAGAGAAUUUGACCAUCUUCCUAUCCUCAACCACAAACGUAAACCCAUCGGAUACCUAGACAUUCCUUCUCUGAAGCAAAAGCUUGGUGCUGGCGCUGUAACAGAGCACGACCCAGUCUCCAAGCUCACAAACUACUUUACCAUCUCCAACCCCUCCCACCCCUACACCGUCAUCUCUCCUCUUACCCCCCUCGAAGAGUUGGAAUUGUUCUUUGAGAAGCGGGCCGUUGACUUUGCGUUGGUGACGGAUUUAGAGCGCAGAUGGGUAUUGGGUGUCGCCACCAAAGACGACUUGGACACUUUCGCCAAACGACGGGGUUGA